AUGUCUCCGCCUCUUUCUUUGCGCACUCGCUGCGUGUCUCAGUUAACAAGUUGCCUUUUGCCUUCACCCUCAACAGCACACCUAACCCGGUUGUAUUUUGCACAUUGUCUUUCUUAUCUCCGUUGUGAAGAGAAACGCACAGACAAAUCCGCAGUCUCCGGGGCCAUUCGCCUGCACAUGUCCGUCGAAAUCGAGGGAGAAGAACAGGUUGCUCCAUAUCAUGUUCAAUACACAUGCCUCCACGAGAAUAUAUUCCAUUUCCUCUCAGAAAGGCAGCCUCCCGUCAUCAUGCCAGAUCAAAUUCGCAAGCCUUCUGGCUCCACAGGCCCGUUUGGAGACACGGUAAUGAUCCCUCGUGAAAUGGUAGCUGUGAAGGAGAUGGCCAAAAAGGAUGGAAUCUCCUAG